UUUGGGCGUUCCCUGGGCAAUGUCCUUGCAGAUGGCCAAUUCUCUCACACCAGAAGCGACUUGCAGUUUCUCAUUACUAAUACUAUUACAGUGGCUGCAACUACUGUACUACCAUUAAGCCUGGUAUGAGUUUCUAUCUAACCGCAAUCCUAAUUGUCGACUAUCAGUGACUUGGAUUGUAUUCAAGAAGUUAAGUACCAUUGGGGUUCACUAGACAAUUUAACACAUUAUAAAUAGUAUUGUUUUUGGUAACUGCAAUGGAAAUCCUCACCAUCGCUAUUCCAUUCAGAUGUUUCACUCUAUUUGGACUUCUUUUCAGAGCUCUUCUCACUACUGGAACCAUAGUUCCUUUCCUUUCUCAGGGGCCCUGCAUCUCAAUUUCUAAGAUUUAAUAUUUCCUUUUAAAAAUAACCCUAAAGGAUAAUCUUGGAUAGCCCUGCUUAGUUCUUGGGUGGAUACCAGGUGCUGUUGGCUAUAUUUCAAAAGAAGGAACUGGCAAAACCACCUCUGAGUAUUCACUGCCUAAGAAAACAUUAUGAUUUGAGGGGUUGCCAUAAGUCAACACAUCCUGAGAUUGCCCCAUAAUCCAAGUUGCUUUUUUUCUGUCACAGUUUUGUUUUUCUUAUUACGAUUUUAUUGUUUUUCCGUUUGAAUCUUAGGGUCUAAUCCGCCCUAUCUCCCCAAGGGGAUUCAUUUAUUUUAAGUAUGUUGUAGUUGUAGUUGUCGUUGUUGUUGUUGCGUGCCUUCAAUGCAUUUCUGACUUAUGAUAACCCUAAGGCGAACCUAUAAUGGGGUUUUCUGGGGCUGAAAGCGAGUGAUCUGUUCCUCUCUGCAAUCGCACUUCCUUGUAAUGGACUUCAUUUUGGUCAUUAAUUAAUCUCCUCAAGGCUUUAGAAAGAAAUGGAAGCAGGAAGACGUAGGCCUUAAGGGUGGAAAAAGUCAUAUUCACAUGCAAGACCGAAAUAUGCAAAAAGUGUUUUCGGUAUCUUAUUUUGAAUGCCGUCCUACCGUGCUCCCUGCUCUGCUCAUUCAAGACAUAGCGAUGGAGGUGUCUGGUCCAGCAGGGUCCUCCUUCCUCGGAGAACACUGGCUAGCACAACUUGGGUCUCAACGUGGUGGGUCGUACCACAGCCCUGAGGUGGGUUGCACAAUAGCAGCAUCAAUGUUCCACUAUUGUUUUGCAUUUCCUUCUAGAGAGGCAGGUAACCGAGGAGGAAAGGAGGAAACUUCACAGAAUGAAUAGAUGUAGGGUGUUGUUGUUAUUGCUUGGUGUCUUCAAAUCAUUUCUGAACUGUUGUGAACCUAAGUUGACCUUGCUUUCUUGGCAAGAUUUGUGAGUUGCAAAAUGUGAGUUUCAUGGCCAAGUAGGUAUUUGAACCUUAGGUAUUUGAACUUGGUCUCCAGGUCUAAUGCUCUAUCUGCCGUUGCACUAUUUUGGCUGAACAGAUAGACACCACGGGAGUUUGAGUUUCUUCUGUCAUGGGAUGGUAUUUUGUUUGAGAUGGCUUUUUUAUCGUGUCAGAAGUGAAUUGAGAACAUACUGCAAGUCGCUUCUGGUGUGAGAGAAUCAGCAUCAUCCACAAUGUUGUUGCCCAGGGGACGCACAGAUGUGUUACCAUCCUGUGGGAGACUUCUCUCAUGUCCCCGCAUGGGAAGACUGUGCAUACGCACAAUAUUUCAUCAUCUUUUCCCUCUCCUUGUUUUCUAUUCUGCUGACUCCUGAGAUUGCCCCAUAAUCCAAGUUGUCUUUUUUUUUGUUACAGUUUUGUUUUUCUUGUUACGAUUUUAUUGUUUUUCCGUUUGAAUCUUAGGGUCUAAUAUGUUGUUUAAUUCAGAAAUUAAAGCAGACUUCUUCAAUGUCUGAAUCAGUGAAACUUAACUGCUGUCUCUCCCCCCCCUUUCAAUGCCCCCUUCUUAGAUGAGGAGUGUGCUAUACAAGCUGACACCUUUCUUGAUCUCCUGUGCCCUGUAUUUUUUACUUGGGGUCCAAGAACCCAGCAUCUUCGCCAGUAUUCUCAGGAGCCUCCCAACCAUCUCCUUGGCAUUCUUUGUGGCCAACCAGUCCAACAGUACCGGAACCUGGACGCAAUAUUCCCAGAAGAUAUUGGAAGGCCUGAUGUUCGCAGCUGUGGGAGAUGUCUUAAUUGUGUGGCCUAAACUUCUUCUUCCAGCCAUGAUUGCUUUUGCUGCCUGUUUCAUCUCCUACACCUCGGCUUUUGGCUUCACUCCCUUUCGGCCUCUGAUCCUCACCAUCCUUGCAAUAGUGGGGAUUGAGAUUUACAAUGUCCUGCUGUUGCCGUGCUUGGGGGGCAUCUUUCUGUUGGUUGUCCCAGUCUAUCUAGGCAUACUUGGCAUCAUGGUAUGGCGCGCCCUCUCCCUCCCCAAACGGCAACUGAGCGCGACGGUUGGCAGCGUGAUCUUCUCCGUGUCCGAGCUGUUUGAUGGCCUCGAUAUAUUCUGCUCCAAAGUACCCAAUUUCCGCUUCCUUGUCAUGGCCACCUACUACACUGCCCAGGGCUUGAUUGCAUUUUCCGUGACCUCUCAGGGAGUCCCUUGAAAGAUGAACUGAGCCUUGGAAGGGGACUCCCGCAUUAACAUGUUGAGAACUCAGGAAUCCUGUCUUUUAACUACUCCGUCUUCUUUUAGUCAAUUCUGCACACUCUAGCCCUCUUUUAUCUGAUUCAUUCCAGAGAAACGUCUGGAAUGUUGUCGAUUCAUGGUAUCAUCCAUGAAAGCUUCUCAGGCGUCAUCUACAUGGACGCAAAUGAUCAUAUUUAUCUCAUAUCUGGUGCUGGAAUAGCCCACAUCCUAUCUGGAGAACUGAGAUCUAAUUUUGCCCUUUUAUACUAUUGAUGGCUUAAAUCCAAGUUUAAAAGAUGAACCUUUUUACAAUUUUCUGGAAAACCCGGUUAUUGUAUAAAAAUUAAUUAAUUAAAUAAAUAAUUGUAUAUCUCA